AGUUGGGGGUGGGAAGGGAAACAGAUAAAAGGCAAGUGAAAGAAAGGGGGAGGUGCAGCUUCUGAACAGUCAGCGCUCUUUUUCUUCCUGCCUAGCCUCCAGCUGACCUCUCCAAUUUAGCCCAACCGAUCCGAUCCUGCAUUCAGCCCAUGGCCAACUGUGAAUUCAGUCCCGUGUCUGGGGACAAACGUUGCUGUCGGAUCUCUAGGAGAAGCCAGAUCGGUCUUGGAGUGGGUCUCCUGGUUCUGAUCCUCUUGGUGGUGACGGUGGUCGGAGUCCUGAAGUGGCACCAACAGAGCCAACCACCCGAGCAAUUGAAGUGGAAUGGGACGGGCACUUCCAAACACUUCUCUGAGAUCGCCCUGGGACGAUGUUACAUCUAUACUCAAUUCAUCCGGCCCGAGCUGAGAGAUAAAGACUGCUUAAAGAUAAUGGAUGCAUUCAAAGGUGCUUUUAUUUCAAAGAAUCCUUGCUCCAUCACAAAAGAAGAUUACGAGCCACUAAUUAAGAUGGACACUCAAACCAUACCCUGCAACAAGACUCUCUUUUGGAGCAAAUCAAAAGAGCUGGCCCAUCAGUACACUUGGGUGCAGGGGAAGAUGCUCACCCUGGAGGACACUUUGUUGGGCUACAUUGCAGAUGACCUCCAGUGGUGUGGAGACCCCAGCACUUCUGAAAUGAACUAUGAAUCUUGCCCACACUGGAAGAAGAACUGCCCCAACAACCCUCGUUCAGUAUUCUGGCAUGUGAUCUCCCAGAAGUUUGCAGAGGCUGCCUGUGGUGUGGUUCAAGUGAUGCUCAAUGGGUCCCGUGAUGAACCUUUUGAUAAAAACAGCACUUUUGGAAGUGUGGAAGUCUUUCAUUUGCAUCCAAAUAAGGUUCAUACGCUACAGGCUUGGGUGAUGCAUGACAUCGAAAGAGUUUCCAGUGACUCAUGCUCAGGUCCUUCCAUAAAUGAGCUGAAAUUGAUUGUAAACAAAAGGAAUAUUACAUUUGUCUGCCAGAAUAACUACAGGCCUGCCAGGUUUGUUCAGUGUGUGAAAAAUCCUGAACAUUCAUCUUGCAGAUCUAUUAUCUGAGCCAUGAUUGUUCUAGAUCUUGGACCCUUUGGAGUACACAUCAAUACGCAUGACUCAACAGGCAUGCUGGUGGAGAGCUAAAGAUUUGGAGAGAAUUCUGUUAUAAUGUCAACACUGGGAAUGGAAGACUUUCCCUCAAAGUGUUAAAAUAACUUAUGAUAUCAGCAUAGUUCUUACCAUGUCCUACUGAUAGUGAAAAGAAAAAUGAUUUGAAUGAAAAUUUUAUAUUGUUAUUUCAUUUUAGAUUUCAUGUGGUGCUUUUAUGUUGUUUACAUAUUGGUAACCUCCUUUCUUUUUGUCAGUGCUAUGGCUCAAAUCCAGGACCUCUCACACAUGGUAGGCAAGACCUCUACCACUAAUCUAUGUCCCCGGCCCCCCUAGUAAAAUUCUUUCUAUUGAAAGAUAACCAUGCCAACCUCUCAUUAAAACAGGCAGAAAAUGAAAAUUUAAUGCCCAAGUUUUUUACAAGAUACAUUUUCAAAUAAAUGACAUUAUUUCAUGAUAUAUUUUGUAUCCUUCCUAUAGAUAUCAAACU